AUGAUCUCGCAACCUAACAAAGGACAACCGUUGACGCGGCUCGCGGCGGAACGGCUUAAACAAAUCUCCUCGGAGGAGCUGACGGAGGAAGCUGGACUUGGUGGCGAUCUCGGGCCGCCUUUGCUGAAGUACGCACAGCUUCAUGCCGGUAACCCCGAAGCAUUUGUCUUCGGCAGUGACAAAGCAAUGUCUGCUGAAACAGCCGCUUUCAUACACGCCGCCCUGUCAAACAGCACAGUUCGUGACGAUAUGCACCUUGACUCAUGCUCGCACAUGGGCUCUAUGGUCAUUGCUGCCAGCUUAGCCAUUGCCCAACGCGAUGGUUGGACCGGUGAGCAACUCAUUCGGGCAAUCGUGGGAGGGUACGAUGUCGGGGCAGCGCUGGGAUAUUCCAUUCGAGGAGGAGGGCAGUUCAACACUCACUUUCGCAGCACUGCUCUGGUCGGCUCGUUCGCUGCGGCGGGGGCUCUCAUUGCAGGUAGUCCACCCGAGCAUGAUGAGGCGGUCAUGCGGAUUUUGUGUUUGGCAAUCAACAUGGUAUGUGGUAUUAACGCAUGGGCACAUACGGGAGGCAGAGAAAUCUAUAUUCAUAAUGGGUCGGCAAGUGCAGCAGCCAUCACCAGCUACGACCUUGGCCGGAACGAAUUCCCCGUGAGUGAUGUCGUCCUCGAAGGCAAGGAUGGCUACUUUGACGCUCUGGGGGUCGAUUCGAACGCCUCUGAUCGCUUCAGAAGCUGGAUUGAAACCUCUCCCCUGGGUAGAGGGAUUCUCGAAACCCAUUUCAAACCUGCAUCCUGCUGCAACUUCACGCAGGCCUCCACCGCCAUUGCUUUAAAAAUGCACAAGGACUUCCAGGCCAAAACCGCGAAUGCAGAUGAGAUCUCCAAAAUCCACAUCACCACAACGCCCGGUGCACUCGCUUACCCUGGGUGCGAUGACGCCGGGCCACUCUCCAGCAAAACCAGCGGGAAACUUAGUAUCCAGUUUGGCGUCGCCGCAGGCCUCGUCUUUGGCCGCUUCGACGAUGGCACGUCAACAUGCGUCGACGACCCAGUGGUCAAUUCCCUCAUGGGCAAAAUGUCCGUGUCUACAAACCAAGAAUUCGAAAAGAGCUACGAAGAGGGCUUGCAACCCGCCAAAAUUGAGAUUUUCUUCAGGGACGGCACUGUGAUCACCGAGGCGGCACCAGAUGUGCCCUGGUUGGACGGACCGGCAGUUACGAGGAGGUUUCUUGCAGAAAUUUCUCCAUGGUUGCCGGUGGAGAGAGCGCAGAUAUUGGUCGAUCGGUGUCGAGAUCUGGGGAAUGUUAGCGAUGCCGGACGCAAGCUGCUCGUGGUCUAG